AUGAGGGAAGUAAACUUCAGUAUCCCCAACGUCAACAAGGCGUCCGUUGGUAUUACGACCGCUCUAUAUGAUCGCCGUGCUCUCGACUGCACCUCGACUCUCCCCCUCAUCAACUCGCUCAACCAUCUCGCCUAUCUCACCACAUCUUCCGCUCGCAUCCGCGAUAUCCUCACCGUAGAUGGCGGUAUCGAGCGCCUCGUCUGCAUUCUGAAACAGGGCCGUAGCAAGGACAUGAUGGGAAUGUGGAAGUGGAACCUUGCCUUCCAGUGCGUUGUCAAUAUUGGCGUUCGAGGCACGGAAAACGUUCGCACUCGUGUUGUCGAGGCUGACAUGGUGCCUGUCAUCGCCACUAUUCUCGACAACUAUACCAAGGCUGUCGAUAAGUGCCGGGAAAAGGCAGAGGAGGCUAAGCAGAAGCAGAGCUACGACCACCAUCGUCACCGAAGCCACGAGCACCGCUCUACCCCCAAGGCUUCCUCUAGCUCUGCAUCUGCGUCUGCGUCUUCUUCAUCUGCGACUGUAGGUGCUUCUCCGUUCGGCCAUCGAUCCAGUUCACGAGUCGAUACUGCCGACCAGCGAUCUCGACGUCACGGUCCGCCGCCAUCCAUUGAUGUUUCAGCCUCUUACGCUGGCCCAUCUACAGCCGCUCCUCAGCAGCAAUUGCAACAACAGCCCCUAGAUGCUGCUAUGGGUAACUCCCAAUGGGCUCCAUCCGCUUCGGGACGCUCUGAAUCUUGGGGAUCGGCUCGCCAUCAGCCCCUGAGGGGCCUAGAAAGCCGUCACGCCACGACUUCAGCUCCUCGUCAGACCAUGCAGCCCCUUGCAACUGCAGUCCCGGCCACUGAGACUGUUGAGGGUUUCGUGAGACCGGUUCGUGAUAUCGAUCGCCUUGCUUCGAUGGCACCAUUCGGCUCUGCAGACUUGGUGUCCCAACCCACCUCACCAACAACGCCAUUGCCACCACCCCAGAUGCGCUCGCCCACUGUUCGCCCAGCAUCGGCCCUUGGUCCUUCAGGUCGAUCGCGCAGACGCCCAUCGAUUCGCCAUCAAAACUCGACUGCUGACGCCGAUGACAUUAACGGUGAUAGUAUGCCUUCAGACGAGUCACCUGAGACGGAGAUGACUGGCACCGAUAACCUGCAAUCCGCGGUGGGUAUCCAGGAUAUCACUAUGGAAGAUGGCGACGCCAUGCUAGGCGGCACAGCUCUCGACCUGGCCACGCCAACAGUUUCCGAGACUCAUCAGGAAGCCAGCACAUUCAACAUCAACCAUCGCUCUCCUUUAGACGGUAGCAUUGUCAACAACAACAACCCGACCCCGGUUCCGACCAUUGGACUGUCUCCUAACCGCCCUGCCAUGGCUACGCCUCCUCAACCUCCUAUGGCUGCUACUACUGUUCCUCGAUAUCUUCUCGACCGCAAUUUUGUUCCUAACCCUCAGAUGGUUGCCGCCAUGCCUCGGGAGGAGGACGUGCUCAUGUCUCUGCAGCUCCUUGCUUACGUCUCUAAGUACUGUGGUCUUCGCUCUUAUUUCCAGAAGAGUCACCUUGUGCCUCGCCUCAAGAUCGGCAAGGAGCUUGCCGCCAUUGACAAGGACCCUUCUGCUAUGGAUGAAGAGGAUGAAGUUCCUGAGGUUUACGACGAAGAUGCCGACGACGAAGAGUAUCUCCUUGACAACGACUUCAACCUUUUCCCACUUGUUGAGAAGUUCACAGUUCGUUACCACAGCACUGAUAUGCAGUACUGGGCUGGUGUGGUCAUGAGAAAUCUCUGCCGCAAGGACGACACCCGUGGAGGCAUCCGCCAAUGUGCUUACUACCAGUGUGGCAAGUGGGAAGAGUACACUCGUCAGUUUGCCAAGUGUCGCCGAUGCCGACGAACCAAAUACUGCAGCAAAGAGUGCCAGAAGAGUGCAUGGGCUUUCCAUCGCCACUGGUGUGUAGCGGCCACACAGUAG